AUGCCGUCGCCAGCUGUGAGCAUGGGUCCUUUCCGACUACUUGACGAGGCCCGGUCCGCGUACGCGCAGUGGUCGGCAGUCAGCGAUGAUGAGCUUGCAGUCCAGCCGCCUCCGAGAACGAUGCGCGCCUUGGCGACGCCGGCAAGCAGAAGACUUGGCCAGCGUCUGGCAGCCCCAGGUGUUGAUGCCGCUGACGUUGAAGAUGUCGCGAAUCGCGGUGGUCAUGUUUUUGGCAAUUCAUCCGGUAGUUCAGCGCGGCCGGAUGAGGGCAAAUUUUCCUCCGGCGUGGAGGAACAUGCCAUUCGCGGGCCAAACGGACAAAAGGUGGAUUCAGGGGACUUGCUGAGCUUGCAUGCUGGCCAGGCGGCAAGCAAACCAGUCCUCAGCCCCAGAAUUGACGCCAGUCCCAGAGCUCAUGGUGGCAGUCCCCUCCUCAAGGUAGAUUUGUCGGGCCUGCCGAUGCCACGUGGGUUCUCCAAAGGAAGCAGCAUGUCCAAGGUCGGAUUCGAUGAAAAGGGGGGAAUCAUGCCCGACACCUUCGGUGGCCAGCUGCGAUUCCGGGACAACCACACCCAAUCCACCCUGGGAAGUGCCUUUGAGUCGGGAGAGGCAGACAGCGCAUACAAUGGCUCGGACAGCUGGGCGAAAAAGCCACGGGACGCGGCCUAUGCUGCGUUGAGGUACUUAGGCUUGCUGCCGACUGCCGCUCCCGGCGCACCGAAGCCGGGAGUGCCGCUAGCCAGCUCCGUAGUCGGACAGCUCCUGGAACUCGCCCUGGGAAUCUGCUUUGCCAGCGCUGCAGAUUGUGCCUUGCUGGCCGAAAAGGCAUCAGUGGAGGACAAGAAAGCACUGCAGCGAUUGCGUGCCCUCGCAGACAGAGUGAAUCUGCUCGGACGUGGCGUGGUGGUGUCUACUGCCAGCAAGGCCACGCUGUCUCCGGCAGAGCUCGUGACUGCAUUCUUGGAUGCCUCUGCGUCGCAGCAAAAUAAUGCAUCCCGUGCAUCUUCUCCUACCGGCAGGCAGCCGGGCUAUGGAAGGAAGGACUCCAAUUUUAGCCAGAUGAGCAAACCGAGCCUGCUCCGCAAUCGGACAAACUCGAGGGUCAGGUUCGAUGCAACAGAUUCUCCGCGGGCCGCGUCGCCCGGAAGCCCUAUCGAGGCUCGUUCCGGCUUCAAUCGAUCUCAGUCGGACUUCAGUUGCACUUCCUUCACGGAUUUCAAUCGCAAGCAGGCCACGGCAAGAAAGGACACGGACAUUGCUGCUCCUGCCUUCUUGGAGUUUCUCAUUGUGGUCCUCAAAGGUGGCCAGGAGCAGCGCAUUGGGGCGGUGUCACCUCCUUCGCCUCUGGGGAACGGUGCCGCCAGCGUAGCAGGUGGUGGUGACGUUGUCCUGGACCUCAAGUUGGACAACGACUUUGGCAGGCUGGUUUCAAACCACCCCGAAGAUGACAAUGCCUCUGCCAUGACUUACCAUUCAUAUUGUGAUGCAAUGGUCACGGGCGCUGGUGGUGAGGGUGAGGAGAAGGAAGUGAUCAGUGCCGAAGUGGUGAAACUCGGUGGAACAGAGGGCAAACAAACCAUGCGGAUCGCAUUCAAAUCCAAGUGCCUGCGAACCCAAAACGAGUGGCAGAAACAGCUUCUUGCCCAACAGCGCGCGCUGCUGGAUGUUGUCACAGGCAGGUUGCAGGCAGCAGAGAGGACCUUGAAAGAAGAUGAGGAGGUCAAGGAAGAGGAAAGAGAACUCCUGCGCGGCUUUCGCAAGAUCGUGCGCCGUGAGCGAGGUUCAACGGACACGCAGCUCCCGGCUGAGAUUUUCGUGGUAGAGAAGCGACAGAAGCUGCGAGAAGAAGCCGAAGAGCUGUGCAGGAUCUUGACGUAUCCGUGCCAGACCUUCCACAGCUUCUCCCGGGCAAUGGAGGCCUUACAAGAGGCCUCGCAGGAGACGAUUCAGCGCGUUGUGUCCUUGGUCUCCCGUGGCUCUGCCCACAGCAUGGUCUCAGCCCGUGGGGCCGACCUGCUCGACGGUCGACCCGGGGACGAUCUCCCCGACUGGCGAUGCAGAGCGCUCUGCACCACUGGCAGGGGUGCCGGAAACCAAUUGAUCGAAAGGCCAAGUCAGAUCGUUUUCCUGGGCAUGGCCUGGCUCAUGCGAGGCCUGCCAGAGGAGUGGCAGCAACAAGGUGUGUACGUCGUUUUGAUCACCGAGGCAGACGAGUUUGAGGAGGUGGGCCGUCAACUCCUGGCAUCCGGUGAAGGAGAGAUCCGAGAGAAGCUGCGAGCCAAAGGCAUUUGCGACUACCUGAUCCAUCCUCUCUCGCUCGACAGUUUGUCCAAAGUCAUUUCAGAAGCUGUGCAACGCCGAUUGGAGGAGUAUUUGCUGCUGGACAUGCUGGGCCGUGGUGCAACAGCUUGCGUGCACAAGGCCAAGCGUCUGCGUGACAAUGAGACCAUUGCCUUGAAGGAGAUCAACAUGCGACGUCUCAAGAACGCCAACGAAGAGAUUGAGCGGGAGCUGAAGCUUCUCCGUGAGCUGAGUUGGCCGACAGUGGUGUUUACCUUGGACACCUGGGAGAAUCGCACGGAGCAACUGCGCUACGUCGUGAUGCCCUUGCUGGAUGGCGGCAGCAUGCAGCAGAGAAUCGAAGCGGCAAGAGGAGCAGAAUCAGAGGAAGUACAGCAUUCCGAUGAGCUCGUCGCGGAUUGGUAUGUGCAAACCCUCCAUGGACUUGCAUACCUGCACUGGCGAGGAGUCAUUCACCGCGACAUCAAGCCAGGAAAUCUGCUCAUUGCAGAAGACGGUCGGCUUCUUCAGAUUGGUGACCUUGGCAGCGCCAUGCUUCUUCCUGGGACUGGGCCUUUCCCGAAUCCGCAUGCCAAAGUUGUUGCGCCCGUGACGAGUCCAUCAUACGCAAGCCCUGAAGCGCUCCUGCAGGAGACCUACUAUGCGGCAUCAGACCUCUGGUGCGUUGGAGUCUCAUUCUUUGAGGCCUUGACGCUGCACCCCCUCUUCCCUGACGUGCAGAGCAUGGCUGAAGCGCAGGACCAUGUGCGUGCUUUCGACCCUUCCAUGGUGGGCCCCACCAAUGGAGCUACGAACUAUGCGGUGGCUGCGCUGUCCGUGCUUAACCAACUUCGUUGCUCGUCCUCUUCGACCCAAGCCACAGUGGAGCUUGCUGGCGAGCUGCCUGAACUCGUGCGACCUGAUUUGAUGCAAAGGCCAACUGCGUCGGGCAUUGCCUCCCGUUACUUUUGCAUAAAGCGCAUCAAGACCAUUUUAAAGGAGACUGGUGCUGUGCCAAAAGGCAUGGUCAGUACUCAUCUCGAAGACUACAAGGCUUUGCUGAAGCAGUCCCAGGCUGCCAGAAACACCACUCCGGACGCAGCAGGAGUUCACGCCGUACACCCAACUUCUGGUUUCUUGAGGUUCCCUAAACCCUAA